CAACGACCGUGGUCGGACUUGUUACCAUGCCGUAUGCAUCCCUUCGCCGCGUGCUGCUUCCACUGGUGGAUCACCGCGUGGUUCGAUCAACAAUGCAGAUCAACAAUGCCACGGCCAUGCAGGAGCUGUACAUCAGUCGUGUGGACAUGAAGCAGCAGUGGAUAGUUGUGUCAAAUCCAUCGACGGAGUCCAUUGACUUGACCAACCAUCGACUCACAAACGACACGGGCUCGAUUGUGUUUCACUUUCCCAAGGGGUAUGUGCUGCAAUCUGGAGAAGAGGUCACGGUGUGGUGCACCCCCGGGUCAAGCGACUUCAAUUCGCACAACCUCCUGGACCCGUACCUUCUGUGGACAUCUCUCGAUGGCACGUUGUCGAGUUCUCCGUUCUUCGUCAAGUCGCAGCAACUCCACGAAGUGGUCCUACUUGAUGCGUACCUCACAGAAGUUGCGUCACUUCAGGUCACGGCCGCGGGCCAGAAAACAUUUCGCGUCAACAGCGCCAAUCCCCCGCAACUGUCUUACCCAUACCUCAAUCCGUUCCAUUUUCAGCAGCGCCACGGCGUGUAUGUGUUUUCUCGGUACUGGGGGGUUGUGUCUGAUCCAGCAUACGCGGCGCACUUUGCCGCGGUCGUCGUCUGUCCUCUGAUUGAAGUCGUGCGCAUCUUGAUCAUGUACAGCGUUUUGGUACAAGUGUAUUUGAACCCGGCGGACUUAAACCCGUUCUUCCUCCCGGUGGCGUUUGCUUGCGAUGUGUUGACGCGACUGGUGUCGCUGUCCAUCAAAGAUGGCCACCUUGCCACGUUCCUUUCGUUCUCGUCGUUCCUGGUCGACCAGUUUCAUCUCCUUGCCAUCUACCUCAGUCUCAUGGUGCUGUUUCCGUCCAUUCGACCGGUUUACUCGGCGCUCCUCACUGCUGAGUUCACACUUGGCCUCUUCAGCUUGGUUGGGCCUCCAGCCCAUUUUUUCACGACACGGCACAAGUGGCACCGCGUGUUUCGAUGGACCGAAUCGGUGCUGUACUCAAGUCCAAAGGUUGUAUCCACGUGCUUCGUGGCCAAGGAAGCGUUCUUCUUCCUCAUGCACAUCAAGGCGUCCAAGUGGAUGGCCCGCGUGUCGCCGCUCGUGCUCCAUCUGGCGCUAUAUGUUUGCAUCCCUUGCGUCGCUCUAGCUACCGCGAUGACUGUGGCUCGCGGUAUGUCCAUUGCAGUUCACAUGCUCUCAUCGCGACGGCAGAAGAAGGUCGACUAAGCAAUAAGCACUGGAAUCGCAGAAACGUUAUAUGCGCGAUACACAGUCGACAAAGAUUUUGUUUCGUGAAUGAAAGUGUAUUCGUGGUUCA